AUGGCAUUGCAUCCCGCAGAGGUUGCCAAACACAACAACGCCAACUCCUGUUGGCUCAUCAUUCAUGCAGACUUUCUUCCAAAUCAUCCUGGAGGAAAGAAGGUGAUCCUGAAAAAUGCGGGCAAAGAUUCUACUGUAGACUUCGAUCUGAUCCACUCGAAUGACGUUCUCGAUAAGUGGCUGGAGCCAUCCAAGCAUCUGGGUGAUAUCGAUACUAGCGUAGCAGGCAUGUCCGCGAAUGGCACCACCGAGUCCAAAGAACUGGAACAAAGUCAAGGGACUCUGAUAACCCAACAGGCAAUGAAGAAAUCUUCUUGGAACUACUAUUCCACUGGAGCCGAGGACGAGUUUACCAUCAAGGAGAAUAUCGCAGCAUUCCAGCGCAUACGGUUCCGGCCAAAGGUUCUCGUCAACGUUGAGCAUGUGGAUAUUUCCACAACUAUGCUAGGAGCACAUGUAUCCGCUCCAAUCUACAUAACAGCCACCGCACACGCCAAGAUUGGAGACCCAGACGGCGAAGUGACGUUGACGAGAGCAAGCAACAAACACGAUAUCAUCCAAAUGAUACCACUAUACUCAUCAUGUCCCCUCGACGAUAUCACGAAUGCCAGGGAGCCGAACCGGACUCAAUGGUAUCAGAUUUAUGUCAAGAAGGACCGAAAUGUGACACGGAAGGCUGUCGAGGCGGCUGAGGCACGAGGCUGUAAGGCUUUAUGUAUCACUGUCGAUAAUCCGCAUCUUGGAAGCCGCGAAAAGGUCCUGCGUUCGCAACAGAGUGAAUCUGAAGACGACGAAUUUGAGGAUGCACCAGCAACGGAGCUGGAUCCGUCUCUCAUAAUGAACUCAACUCUGUCUUGGGAUGAUAUUCCGUGGUUUCAAUGCAUCACUAACAUGCCUAUUGUCCUCAAAGGUGUACAACGAGUUGAAGACAUCAUCAAGGCAGCAGAAUAUGGCGUCCAGGCUGUGAUUCUCUCUAACCAUGGUGGACGACAACUUGAUUAUUCCGAGGCUCCAAUUGAGGUCCUUGCAGAGGCUAUGCCUAUCUUAAGAGAACGAGGCCUUGAGAGCAAAAUUGAGGUGUAUAUUGACGGCGGCGUUCGUCGUGGCUCCGAUGUUUUAAAGGCUUUGUGUCUUGGGGCUCGAGGUGUUGGCAUUGGUCGGCCAUUUCUCUACGCGAUGGCUGCCUAUGGACAGAAAGGGCUAGAGAAAGCGAUUCGAAUUUACAAAGAUGAACUUGAAAGGAAUAUGCGACUGCUUGGGUGCACAUCAAUUGAUCAGCUUCAUCCAGGGCUGGUCAAGGUGCUCGGUGAUAUUCGGGAAAGGCUAUAA